AUCAUCACAGCAAUGGACCGUUUUGUUUGGUUUGUACUUUUAGUAGUCAUGUCUCAUUUGGUAACUGAGUUCACACGUGUCACAGGAUAUGGACGAGGAUCUCGGAAUGACAUUAUUAUGGUAAAUGAUUCUCUCCUUCAACCUGUGCAAGUACAAAACUUAGUAUUUUAUCCUGGACAAGAGUAUGGCAUCUAUGAACGCCCAAAUCAGCAUGUCAGCAACAGUCACAACAGCAACAACAACAACAAUAAUAAUGCACAACAAAAUGCAGCAAUAAUAACUACUGGAGCUGAUAGCAAUGCACAACAAGGCAUGUCAUUCUUCAAUUUCCGCCCCAUAAUCGACAGCAUCUUUGAGAUUCCAAUUUCAACAUUACGCGCUGUCAAUAAUAUGGUGGCACGUUUGACGGGCAGCUACCAAGAGUCACCAUCAGGAAAAUCUGCUGCAGGCCUUGACAAAGGAUUUAGUAGUUCAAUCGACAAUAGUUUGAUAUUGGAAAAUGGCGAAACGUCAAAUGCGGAAACAAAUACUAAAACGAUCAGAAAGUCAAUCUUGCGCGAGGAAUUGGCGUAAUCAGUGCCAACCGGAAGUGGCCAGAGAGAGCAGCUGAUUAUUCCUACUUGCAAAUCCCACAUUCUUUAAUGUUUUUUUUUUUUCAAAAAGUUAUUGGUUAGGAUUUAAUAUUUCACAAAUUUAUUUUUAAUAUUUUUUUUCACUUUUUCACUUUUCAUUUAAAACAAAAUUUUAUUUCAAAAAUUAUUUUGUUGUUCCUUAAAGAGAAUUUCCUCAAACAACU